ACGAGUUCGGUAUAUCGUAUCUUAUCAUAUCUUAUCAUAUCAUGCCAUAGCAUGCCAAAACACAAAAUACAAGCAAUAUAUCCACAUCACCGCCAUCCAUCAAAACCAUAUAGUAUCUAGAUUCGUAGUGAGACGUAAAGACACAUCCUCGACAAGUCUCUCAUUCAACGAAAAUCCCAUAACAUCCUCUCUCCCAUAUCAUGCUAGCUGCAUACAUUCAUACUCUCCUCUCUUCCCUCUUCAAUCUAUCCUCUUCUCUUCACCUCUCCUCUCCCCUCACAAUGCCAAAACCGAGUCAUGUCAAUCAGCAAGCCCUGGCGAGAUAUUCUAAGCAGGCCAGACCAAGGCGAUGCAAUGUCUCACGGCCUACAACAUUAGGCAGCACGGUUUGUAUUAUGAUCAUCAGCCUCAAUCAGUCAGCACACAUCAGCAUGUCAGAAUGCCAUGCUCUCCGAGAUAUUCCACAAACUAUAAUACUUUCCCUCCCUGAAAAAAAAAAAUUUGUCGCCCCGAAACCCGAGCCCGAGAAUUCUCGGACGAACUCUCCUCCCGUCGCCGCCCCCCCCAAACCCCUCCCCUUUCGAAAAGGGAAUGUGGGAAGAAAGGUGCGCUUGGCAUGCGCCAGGCUACGCCGAAAUGUACGGCACGUUGAACAUUCUAGACUACGAACGUGCAGGGCGGGUAUGUGUGGGUUUUCGGUGGCUCUGGAACAGAGAAGUUGUUAUUUUGUGGCGCACUGUUGCGUGGUCGUUGUGAUAUGGUGUGGUGUGGCGAUUGGGCUUAGGCUUUAGAUGGAAGCGUGGGGUGCGGCGCGGAGGCGCGGGGUCGUAUCUAUUGCCGAUGUUGGUAUGGUGGUUUAGCGGGGUUGGGUAGCGUGCGGAUAUGUGUGUGUUGUUGUGAAGCGUGUGGAUGAGGGGAGUUCUGGGCUUUUUUGG